ACGAAAAACUAGCUUGCUAUCAGCCGCAGCAGUCCCCGCUGCCAGGCAGAGUUGCUGGACAGAAAUAUUGUUAGAUUAAAAUACUGCGUCGAGAACUUUCGAUUUUUUUUGUAGCUUUUUGGUAAUACAAUUUAAUGUAAAGGGAAUACACUUGUCUGCUUUAAUAAACUGUGGAAGGAAACUGAUCAUCUGGAAGAGGACAAUUUUCAGUUUCCGGUUCUGUGUCCUGAACUGGUUUUAACCCUUGAGCUGAACCAUUGGUCAGAGCUUGGGAUGAAUAACCCCAAAGUGACAGAAAUGAUUCAUUUUCUUGUCUGAGUGAAGCCUCAAGAGAAUUUUUUUUUGUCAUCCUAUAAAAUGAUGCCAAAGCAGCUGACCCGCACCUCACCUGGGAGUGUGUGUUCCCUCCGUGGUAUCAGCAUCCCAGGAUCCCUAGCCGUGGCCAUCACAGCCAAAAUGGACAAUCAGGUCAUUGGCUAUAAGGACUUGGCAGCCAUCCCCAAAGACAAGGCGAUACUGGACAUCGAGAGGCCAGACUUAAUGAUCUACGAACCCCAUUUCAAUUACACGCCUCUGGAACUAUCGGAGGUGCCCCGAAGCAGAGAGAGGUCCAUGUCUCCGUGUUCAUUCUCCCACCCGGCUUCUCCUGAGACCAUUCUAUUCAAGGAUCCCAAGGAGUGGCUGGAGAGCAGGGAGUCACCUGGAGGGUCAUCAGCAGGUUCAAACCUCCAGCUCAAAACCAGCUCUGCAUUAGACACCGCCACCAAGCUCCCCACACAGCACUUUCACAGGCCAGAUAAUGGAAUGAAUAUAUACAAGAAGCCACCAAUUUACAAACAAGAUGUAUUAGCAUCCAUCCCCCAGGGGAAACACAUAGAGGACCUCAUCAUUGAGUCAUCUAAAUUCCCUGCCGCCCAGCCACCUGAUCCCAACAAACCCUCCAAGAUUGAGACAGAUUACUGGCCCUGCCCCCCCUCCCUGGCUGCAGUUGAGACAGAGUGGAGGAAGAAGGCUGAGUCCCGGAGGAGGGAGGAGGGAGAGAGGGAUGAGGAGGACGAUGAAUAUGACAAUGGAGACCUGUCCGAUGAUAUGUGGGGACUACGGGAACUGCAGAAGCAGGAGCUCAACAAAAUUCAGUCGAAUUUGGGAAAGAUAAUCUUGAAAGAGGAGCUGGAUAAAGCUGUGCCCAUCCGCAGGAAAACUCGCUCACUGCCUGACCGGACAGCAAUGCACAUGGGUAAGAGAGAGGCAGAUUCACUUUGUGUCCGUGAGAGUAUGUUUAUCAACCUUUUAUGUUCAAGAGACCAGGAAACUAAGGUCCGUCUUCCUUGAAGGACUAUUUAUAUUAACAAUUUAACUUGUUUGACAAACAAGCAACAUCCCAGGUAACCGGUGCUAAUCCCCAGUGCAGGAGUUGACUAACACUGUGUUAGAUUGUGACCUUGUGAGUGUGGUGGAAACGAGAAAGAAACACACAAAAUCACACAUAUGCUCCAUUUAAAAUCCUUUGUAGAAAUGGUAAAGAUUCCACACUUCCUCCACCUACAACAUCGUCUGUGUCCCAAAUGGCAMCCUAUUCCCUACAUUGUGUACUACAUUUGACCAUGGGCCCUGGUCAAAAGUAGUGCACUAUAUGGGGAAUAGUGUGGCAUUUGGGACGAAAAUCAUCCACCCCCGACUUUGUCCUGCAUCUUCUCUUCUCUGUGACAGCCUUUUAUAUUCUGUAAGAAAACAUUGACAUGCCAGACAGACGAGCCUGUAAAAGCAUAUCGCUCUCCUGCCUUCACAGCUAGUUUCUGACAAUGUUCUAGGCACGUUAAAUGAGAACAUUGCAAGAACAAUGAUGUGUCCAGUUUUCUGUGGAUCAGGAGAGUAUUCCAUCAAAGGACAGCCAAACAUACACAUGUAGACAUGUUCUCAGAACAUAAGAUAUUCAUGUUCUAGACACGUUUCAUGGAAAGUUGGCAAAAACAUUUGUGUCCAUUUUUUUGUGGGUUAGGAGAAUAGUCCAUCAACAUCCCACCUAACACACAGAACAUGGUUGCCAUGUUCUCAGAAUAUACAGUGCCUUCAGAAAGUAUU